UGUUCCAGUGAUACAGGGUCAGGAGGACUGGGGGUGACUUACACCUCUACUCACAUCUGUGCUGUUAAAGGAUCAACAGUGGAAAUACCCUGCAGCUACAAAUACCCAUACUGGUGGAAAGGCAGUACUACUACAGUUGAGACAAAGUUAUGGUUUACUAAAUGGAAGUAUCAUUAUGUACCUGUUGAUCUGAAAACUGAAUCAGAAUAUUCAGGUCGUGUGCAGUACAGUGAUAAUGAGAAGGACUGCACUCUGAGAAUCUCAGACCUGAGAGAGAGCGACUCAGCUGUCUACAAGUUCAGGUUCACAACAAACCAGGAAGGAGGAAGAUAUACUGGUUCACCUGGAGUCACUCUGUCUGUCACAGCUCUGCAGGUGCAGGUGAUCAGAGUAACAGUCUAUCAGUCUUGGACCAAGGCAGAGCUGAAGUGUCUCAGCAGCUGCAGUCCAGCUGGUCCUCUCUCCUACGUCUGGUUUAAUAAUGAAAGACACAUUACCUGGGAGAAGACGUCUACCAUUACAGUCUGGUUUGGUCCCACAGACGUCUUCUCCUGUGCGGUGAAAGGACAUGAGAAGUCCCCGUCUCCUUCAGUGUUGAUACAGGGUCAGGUUGGCUGGGGGGUGACUUACACCUCUACUCACAUCUGUGCUGUUAAAGGAUCAACAGUGGACAUAACCUGCAGCUACACAUACCCAUACAGGUGGAAAGGCAGUCCUACUACAGUUAAGACAAAGUUAUGGUUCACUAAAAUGAAUUCUUAUUAUGAACCUGUAGAUCUGAAAACUGACUCAGAAUAUUCAGGUCGUGUGCAGUACAGUGAUAAUAAGAAGGACUGCACUCUGAGAAUCUCAGACCUGAGAGAGAGCGACUCAGCUGUCUACAAGUUCAGGUUCACAACAAACCAGGAAGGAGGAAGAUAUACUGGUUCACCUGGAGUCACUUUGUCUGUCACAGGUCUCCAGGUGAUCGUCAAGUCUACCUGGCUGGAGUGUCGGCGCAGUUGUCAUCUACCUAAUAAUCCUUCCUAUGUCUGGUACAAGAAUGGACAGGAAAUUCAGGCACAAACAUUAUAUUAUUAUUAUUAUGAAAACAGUUAUUCAAACAGGUAUUCCUGUGCUCUUCAAGGAUAUAAGGAGUUCCCCUCUCCUUCAGUGUUGAUACAGGGUCGGUAUGGCUGGGGGGUGACUUACACCUCUACUCACAUCUGUGCUGUUAAAGGAUCAACAGUGGAAAUAACCUGCAGCUACACAUACCCAUCCAGAGAAAAUGUUAAAGUUGAGAAAACAUUCUGGUUCACUAAGUUGCAGGAUAAACAGCCCGUAGAUCUAAGAACAGACUCAGAUCGUGUGCAGUAUGACUGUAAAAACAAAGUCUGCACUCUGAGAAUCUCAGACCUGAGAGAGAGCGACUCAGCUGUCUACAAGUUCAGGUUCACGACAAACCAAGAUGGUGGAAGAUAUACUGGUUCACCUGGAGUCACUUUGUCUGUCACAGGUUUCCAGGUGCAGAAACAUGGAUCAAAGCCAUGCUUUGCUAGUACCUGUACAUGGGCAGAAUUGAAGUGUCAGAGCAGUUGUUUCCCUGAUCAUUCUUCCUACAUCUGGUACAAGAAUGGAGAGAAAAUAAAUGAAAAAACAUCUUCUUAUUCAGCCUACUUUUAUACUCCUGACAGCUAUUCCUGCUCCGUUAAUGGAUAUAAAGAUUUCUCCUCUCCUUCAGUGUGUGGCUAUGGUGAUUCCUGCAACAGAGUGACGUACACUGAGAGAAGCAUCUGUGCCUUCAAAGGCUCUUCAGUGAACAUUUCUUGCACUUACAAAAGUCUUGAAUCUUUUGAAUCUGCAUUCUGGUUCAGUCCUGAACGUAGUCGUCGUUGGAAAAAUCCUUCCCAGCCUGAAGACCUUAGUAAAGACUCCCAGUAUGAAGGUCGGGUUCAGGUAGAACCAGAGAGAGGACGCUCCACUCUGAGAAUCUCUGACCUGAGAGAGAGCGACUCAGCUGAGUAUCACUUCAAGUUCAUAACACGAAGCUUUGAAUGGAGGAGCAGUUUACCUGGAACAACUCUGACUGUCACAGAUCCAGAUGUGCAGGUGCAGGUGAUCUGGUCUUCGACUGGUCCUAAGCUGAUUUGUCACAGCAGCUGUCUCACUGACCGGCCUUCCUACCUUUGGUACAAGAAUGAAACAAAGAUUCAGGGAGAAACAUCUCCGUCUUACGGAGGUCACGUUGAUCCUGCAGACAGCUAUUCCUGUGCUUACCAGAGCUACCGCUCUACUCCAGUGUAUGCUCCGAAGCUUAUCUCUGUGUUGAGGACUCCCCCUGGUGACAUUAUGAAGAAUAAUUCAGUGACUUUGACCUGUAGCAGUGAUGCUAACCCAGCAGCUAAAUACACCUGGUACAAGGGGACCCAAAGACUGCUCAGUGAAGGACCACAGCUCGUCUUCAGCUCCAUCCAGCCCUCUAACUCGGGACAGUAUUACUGUACAGCCCAUAAUGAGCUCGGGAGGACAUCUGAAUCUGUAUUUAUUAAUGUGAAAUAUGGUCCAAAGCGUCCCUCUGUGUCAGUGAGUCCCUCUGCUGAGAUAGUGGAGGGCAGUUCAGUGACUCUGACCUGUAGCAGUGAUGCUAACCCAGCAGCUAACUACACCUGGUACAAGGAGAACCAAAAACUGCUUCAGGGACCAGAGAGCAUCUAUCAUUUCUCCUCCAUCAGCUCCGAGGACAGAGGCAACUACCAGUGCACGUCUGAGAAUCAGUUUGGACGGACCACCUCUACGUCUCUAGUCUUAGAUGUCCAGUAUGGUCCAAAGCGUCCCUCUGUGUCAGUGAGUCCCUCUGCUGAGAUAGUGGAGGGCAGUUCAGUGAAUCUGACCUGUAGCAGUGAUGCUAACCCAGCAGCUAACUACACCUGGUACAAGGAGAAUGAAGACUCACCAAAAGCAUCAGGACAGAUCUUCACCAUCACUGAUGUUAGACCUGAACACAGUGGGGAUUAUUCCUGUGAAGCCCAGAACAGAAGAGGACGUCAGAGCUCCACCUUACAUCUGACUGUUGCAGCAGGUGCAUGGAAAUCAGCAUCUACAGGAACAAUCACCGUUGUUCUCCUGGCUAUCCUACUCCUCGCCGCCUUCCUUUGGUUCAGAAGAAAAAACAAGUCCGUCACACAACAGUCUAAUGAUGGAGAGAGGCCUGACAACAGAGCACAGAUAAACGUGGGUCCAGCUGCAACACAGAGACAACCAGCAGAACAGGAAGAUGACCUCAACUACUCCAGCAUCUGCUUCCCUCAGGGCCAGGGGGACGCUCUCUACACCAACAUCAGGCCACAUCAGCCCCGCAGGCGAACAGAGGACCAGGACGAUGUGGAUUACACCACUGUCAAUUACACCACUAUAAAAACUGAGAAUGCCAGUAGCGCCCCAGGAACAAGAUGUCAAGGAGAUGGGGAGGACGUAUUUGCACUGUACAGCACUGUCAAAAUAUGAACUCAACAUUGAUCUGUGGUUAUUUAUUAUUUUUCUAUGCCCUUUGUUUUAACAGGUAGCCACGGUUAGAAAUAUUGUGCAUUCUUCUGGACAGACAUGGCCAAGUGCAGCAUAAUGUUAUAGAAAAACACAUGUGGGUUAUUUAAAAAUUGGUUUAUUAGCUCAUUGUUGUUUUAAGGGUUGGUUGACCCAAAUUACAACAACAGACAUUUUCUCACUUAACCACAUACAUUUGUUUUACUUGUCUAUCUGCAUAGUCAAAUACCACUAGGGCUUUUCCUUUUGUAAUUUGGAUAAACCAAGCCUUUAACUGACACAUAGACUUAGACUUCUCUUUAUUCAUCCUUUUCAGAUUACUCAAAUUUAACAGAUUGUUAAAGAUAACAAUAAUACUAUUAAUAAUAAUGGUAAUAAGAACAAUGAGAACCAUUGGCUAUAAAAAGACAUGAAAAGACCUUAACCAUAAAUUAUCAGUCAAAAGUAUUAGUGUUGAGACAAUUGUUAAAGUGACCAGGUGUUAAUGUAAGUCCAGGUAUUUAUGUAUUUAUGUACGUAUGUAUGUAUGUAUGUAUGUAUGUAUGUAUGUAUGGAUGUAUGGAUGUAUGGAUGUAUGUAUGGUCUUCUUUGCCCUAUUUCCUCUCCCCCGAGUGACGAGUUGAUAAU